CCGGUUUAUCGAUGCGGAAAAUUUUUUUAUGAUUUUUAUUGACUGCGCCAACACAUUUUAAUUAUGUACAUAAUUAAAUAUUAUGUUAUCCUGUGUAGAGCGGGUACAUAAGUGAACUCCGCAAGAACAACGUUUCGAAUACGCCCUUCUUUCCAAGUUAUCGGCUGACGCUGACAGCCUGGUUGUUCACAGCUUUUUGGAAAUGGCUCGUUUUACGGCUACAGUUUGGAUUCUAUCCUUUAUCUUAUCCGUGCUCGCUUCUAAAGAUGUCCCGGACACCCACAAAAAGGCGGAUCUGCAAACAACGACACUAACGAACUCAACGAAUGGAGGCGCAGUACAGCGUGUCACCGUGCAAGAUGGAGACUCUUACACGAUGGUCUGCCGUGACCCCAACGCCACACCGGCUCCGGAUGCCCGUCGACGCCGAGAGACGAAGAAGAAACCCAAAAUGAUCUACGGUAUCAUCCUUGAAGAGGCCAAGUAUGUCGGCAGCGGACCCUGUCGAGAAUCUUCCAUUGUGAAAAACUUAAAGAAAAACUACUGCGCUGGCUGGCGUCAGAAAACAUGCGAAGUAACAGCGAAAGAUCCUGUCAAAGAAUGCAGCAAACGGCCGCUGAAAUUGGUAUUCUCUUGCGGAAUGACGCCGGCAGUCAUGGGCGUCCGUGGUAUGAUCGUCAACAACAUGCUGGAUGACUGAAAAAGUUGACGUUACAUGGUCAGAUAAAUAUGCACCAUGCAGAUAUAUAAUAGUUAUUAAUUAUUUCAUUUUGAUGCAGCUGUGGGCCUGGGACAAGUACAAUACUUGAAAACGUUAACGUAAAACGCCUCAAAGUUGUACAGGGAUGACCAAACGAGAAUCGCUGUAGCAAAAUCUCAUCGACAUUUUUAGUGAUACUUAAAGCUGCUAAUUUUUUAUGCGCUGCGGCGAUACUUAAUUUCCGUCAGCUGUGAUCCUGCCACCACGUACGGCAGCUAAGAGUUGCAGCUAAAAAUUUCACCUUAAGCGAUUUUCAUUUGUUUGAUUAUUAUUUUACGCAAUCUAGAAGUACUGAAAAAAGUGUGCAGUUGCCCUGCUUCUACUGUAUUAUGUCUGUAUACACUUUACAUUACUGUCAGUUUCACCGCUUGGGUGACAAGACGAAGUCCAUCUUGUGCCUUUGUCCACUUCCGCACUUUGAUUGACUAAUACCAAAAUAAUUAAUGUUGUUAUCAUUUCUGCUUCCAACCAUUCAAUGUCGGUAAUAAUUCCGAUCAAAGAAGGGAAGACAAUAAACGCUGAUGCAAUUUCAUUGAAACUUCGUGUAAUUACCAAAUCUCUUUUGCCCUUUUCAACGGGCAGCAGUACUGAAUCUACCGCAGGGGUAGAAGUAUGAUAAUUAUUAAAUCAGAGUACAAGUACAUUCUUUGGCCAUGAAGCCAUAACUCAGCUGUGGAAACUGGACUCUUAACCGAAUACAUGAUGGUCAACAGAACCACACAUAUAUCACAGGUAAAAAUAAUCAUCUCCACUUUCUGGCAGCAAGAAACUAUGAAGCCGUUAAUAUUAAUCAUUGCCAUCCCAGCGAUACAAGCAGUACUAUCCCCACCACGGCUCCCACCGACAGUCCACCCGAACCACUGGUCUCGUCCACGAUCGGACUGGUAAAUACGCAGGGUUCUCCAGGUUCCCCGUUGACAUCCGUGGCAUACAGUCUGACGGUCUCACAGCAUGACGCACCGGUGACCUGCUUGCGCAUCACCAGCUUCCCGUUGACCCGCACCAGCUGACUGGUGACAACCGCCCCAUUGGCAUUCGACCAGUCGCCACGGAAAUCCACCGGAUGGACAGCGUACUGGAAAUCGUCAAUAUCAUCGGUUAUUUCCACCUGGGCGUUGUAAGUGGCGUUGACACAGGUUGUGAAGCCUUUGCAAAGAAGAUGUGUUGACUGGCGGAUGGUACAUUGUGGUGGAACUGCGUUACCAUCGAGGAUGUUAGUCUCCCGGAGAAUAAAGUUAUCGCCACUUAACUGCUGGUUGUCGCUGAGCAGAACAAAGAAGAGAUACAUCACACCGACUCCGGUGCCAAGACGCUCAUCCGAAGUGAUAUUAAAUUCGUGCGUGUUGAGACCGGCUUCCAUAAUGGGUGAUAAAAGCUCCCAAGUUUCCCUGAUUUGCAGUUGUGGAGAUAAACUACCGGUUGUGUAUGACAGUUUGGCGCCGGUGGUGGAUGUACUGUAGAGAAUAUCGAUAGCUCGAUUCGUAACGAGAUCCAUGGCGAAACGUGUUGGUGUAAUUAGCGUUUCGCUGUAGCGCUUGUACGGCCUGCCUUCGGAAUCCCCACUUAUUUCGAUGCGAAACGGUUGAGCGGGCACGACAAUAUCCACCACAAAAAACUGGUUGCUGAUUGGUUGGGCGGUGACCUUUGCGAGAAUGUCGCUUGUUGCCGUGAUCAAUUGUACUUCGGGAAACCCGGCUUCACAACCGAUACACGCUAACCGACUGAUUAGAAUGCUGACGCUUU